UGCUCUUAAGGUCUUAAAGAAGCCUGAAAUAGUUUUGGUUAGGGCUCAAGUUUCUAGGCCCUAAUUACAACCGCCGGCAGGAUUUAUAAAAGCCCUAAUUUUAUCCGAAAAUUUGAAAAGUUAAAACCCUAAUCGACACGGCUUUGAAAGAAAGAAUGGUGAUGGGUGGAACAAAAGAAGAAUUUGUGAAGGAAGAAGAAGAAGUUUCAGAUAGCGAAGGACCGUUCCCAGAACCAUUCCCUGUCAGAAUGAUUCCCGUUAACUACCAUUGCUGUUCAGACUCCUCAGACGACUCCUCGGACUCCUCAGACUCAGACUCCUUAGACUCGGACUCCUUAGACUCGGAGUCUGAAGUAUCCAAUGCUUCCCUUGGCGAAGACAGGAACAGAACUCGUAAUGAAGCUCAAAUUAAUGCCGCUGGUCAGGAACCUAAUAUUAUAGAAGAAGAAGUUUUCUCAGAACCAUACCCAGUCAGAAUGAUUCCCGUUAACUACCAUUACUCCUCAGACUCCUCCGACGACUCCUCAGAUGACUCAGACUCUGACUCUGAAGAAUCCAAUGCUUCCCCUGGAGAAGACAGGAACACAACUCGUGGUGAAGCUGAAAUUAAUGCUCGUCAGGAGCCGAAAAUUGUAUGGGUAGAAGAAGAAGUUUCAGAUAGCGCAGGACCAUUCCCAGAACCAUUCCCAGUCAGAAUGAUUCCCGUUAACUACCAUUACUCCUCAGACUCCACAGUCUUCUCAGACUUCUCAGACUCCUCAGAAUCUGACUCUGAAGAAUCCAAUGCUUCCCCUGGAGAAGACGGGAAAAGAACUCGUGGUGAAGCUGAAGACUCCUCUGACUUCUCCGAAUCCAAAAAGGUCCCAGAAACUCAAGCUAACAAACUCGUGUUGGCCAACGACCUCACGUCGGCUUCAUCUAUUUUGGUUAAACAUAAAACUAAACGCCCGACAGAGGCUGGUGAUAAGGAUUCUAAGCGAGCAAAGACUACUCAAGAAUGAAAGACUACGGCAUUCCUUUUAUGUUAAGUUCCAAGAAGACUAAUGUGCCUGUGCUGUUAUAUAUUUUGAUGUUAAUUUACAACUCGGAAAGUUAUAGAAAUUGAACUCCUCGUUUCCUUUUGUCUCUAAACUCUUAGGUGGCAUAAUUUCUCUUAAUUUUUAUUUUUUUGGCAAGUUGAUUUCUUCUAUUUUGAUCUGGCAUAUUUCGCCGGUGAUUCUUUGAACUGGUUCUUAUUUUGGUCAAGUAAAUUAAAGCCUUUAAAUGUUUGUCUUAA